AUGGAGCAGACGACUGCCCCUGUCACCACCGAUUCGAAGGAUCUCAAUGACCCUCUCAACCUUCUCUCCGCCAUAGGUGGACUCCGUGUCGAUGGUGGAUCGCCAUCCGAAGCUGAAGCAACCAGUCUAGAGUCCCAAGGUCGCUCCGGUGUCCAAUUCCGUUGUCCACGUCGUCCGAAUCAUGGUGUCGACGGACGUGCGAUUCUUCUUCGUGCCAAUCAUUUUUCGGUCCGCAUUCCGGGUGGAAACAUUCAACACUAUCAUGUCGAAGUGAUGCCCGACAAGUGUCCGAGACGUGUCAAUCGCGACAUCAUCUCCUGCCUCAUCCAAUCCUUCUCCGGCUACUUCACCAACGUUCGCCCAGUCUACGAUGGCAAGAACAGCAUGUACACUCGCGAGAUGCUUGCAUUCGGUCGUGAACGUACCGACUUCAAUGUGGUCCUUCCCGGCGAGUCUGCCGUCGAACGUCAAUUCUCCGUCUCCCUAAAAUGGGCCGGCGAAAUCUCCCUAACCAGUCUAGAAGACGCCAUGGAAGGCCGCAUCCAUACAGUACCCUAUGAGACUGUGAAGGCUGUGGACGUCAUCCUUCGUCACUUGCCAAGUCUGAAGUAUAGUCCAGUCGGCCGGAGCUUCUUCUCCCCGCCAGCGAGAUUCGAGCACGCUCAACAGCAGAACUUCCCGGAGAGCAAGUUGGGCGGAGGGCGAGAGGUCUGGUUUGGAUUCCAUCAGAGUAUCAGACCAUCCCAAUGGAAGAUGAUGCUGAAUAUUGACGUGUCGGCGACAGCGUUCUAUCGGGAGAUGCCAGUUAUUGAAUUCCUCGCCGAGGUCCUUGAGCUACCCAUCCAGGCACUGGCUGAGAGAAGAGUGCUUUCCGAUUCUCAACGUGUCAAGUUCACCAAGGAGAUUCGUGGACUCAAGGUGGAGAUCAAUCAUUGUGGACCGAUGAGACGCAAGUAUCGUGUCUGUAAUGUGACGAGACGUCCCGCCCAGACCCAGACGUUCCCGUUGCAAUUGGAAAAUGGGCAAACUAUCGAGAAGACGGUGCUCAAGUAUUUCCAUGAUAAGUACAAUCUGCAGUUGAAGUAUCCACACUUGCCGUGUCUUCAGGUAAUGAUUUCUAAUAAUGUCGGCCAAGAGCAAAAGCACACCUACCUCCCAAUCGAAGUGUGCAACGUGGUAUCCGGUCAACGAUGCAUCAAGAAGCUCACCGACUCCCAAACCUCUACAAUGAUUAAAGCCACCGCCCGUACCGCACCAGAACGCGAGCGCGACAUUGCCAAUCUCGUCCGCAAAGCCGAAUUCUCCGCCGACCCCUUCGCUCAUGAGUUCGGAAUCACUAUCAAUCCAGCCAUGACUGAAGUCAAAGGACGGGUGCUGUCGGCACCAAAGCUGCUCUACGGAGGACGUCAAAACUCGACGGCUGUCCCGAAUCAAGGAGUCUGGGACCUGCGUGGAAAACAAUUCCAUACGGGAAUCGAGGUCCGCGUCUGGGCCAUUGUCUGCUUUGCCGAUCAGCAUCAUGUCAAGGAGAACGACCUACGCGCUUUCACAUCCCAUCUUCAACGGAUCUCGCACGACGCUGGAAUGCCAAUCAUUGGAAGUCCAUGCUUCUGCAAGUAUGCUGUUGGUGUGGAGCAAGUGGAGCCAAUGUUCAAGUAUUUGAAACAGAACUAUCCGGAAUUGCAGUUGGUGGUUAUUGUGUUGCCCGGGAAGACGCCGGUUUAUGCCGAAAUCAAGCGUGUUGGAGACACGGUCCUCGGAAUCGCCACUCAAUGCAUUCAGUCCAAGAAUGUGACUCGUACCACACCCCAAACGCUUUCCAAUAUUUGCAUGAAGAUGAACAUGAAGCUGGGAGGUGUCAAUUGUGUUCUCGCGCCGAACGUUCGUCCGAAGAUCUUCUCCGAAUCGGUGAUCUUCCUCGGAUGCGAUAUUACACAUCCACCGGCAGGGGAUUCUAGAAAACCCUCUGUCGCCGCCAUCGUCGGCUCAAUGGACGCCCACCCGAGCAAGUACGCCGCCACAGUCCGUGUCCAACCAAAUCGCCAGGAAAUCAUUACCGAAAUGGCAUCGAUGGUCAAAGAGCUCCUCCAACAAUUCUACAUCAACACUCGUUUCAAGCCAGCCAGAAUUGUAGUCUACCGAGAUGGAGUCUCAGAGGGACAAUUCUUCAAUGUCCUUCAAUAUGAGCUUCGAGCGAUCCGCGAGGCUUGUAUGAUGCUAGAGACUGGAUACCAACCCGGAAUCACCUUUAUCGCUGUUCAAAAACGUCAUCACACCCGUUUGUUCUCGGUUGAUAAGAAUGAUAGAGUCGGAAAGGCGUUCAACAUCCCGCCCGGAACAAUUGUGGAUGUUGGGAUCACUCAUCCAACGGAAUUUGAUUUCUACCUAUGCUCGCAUGCCGGAAUCCAGGGAACAUCUCGGCCAUCUCACUAUCACGUCCUCUGGGAUGAUAACGAUAUGACUGCGGACCAACUUCAGCAGCUGACGUACCAGAUGUGUCACACCUACGCCCGGUGCACAAGAUCGGUGUCGAUCCCGGCGCCGGCGUACUAUGCGCAUUUGGUGGCGAUGCGCGCCAGAUUCCACCUGGUUGACAGAGAUCAUGAAUCCGGAGAAGGAUCACAACCGUCGGGAACGUCGGAGGAUAGUACGUUCUCGAGUAUGGCGCGUGCUGUUCAGGUCCAUCCGAAAGCCAACAAGGUCAUGUACUUUGCCUAA